CCACUGCAGCAGCCACACAGAGGGCAUUCACAGACUGCUCCACAACGCCACAACGGACGCGAACCAGCCGCAGCAUGGCGCUUCAUCGCACGAGUUUAUUAAACCAAAUGGACCCGGAGUCUAAGGAAGGCAAGGGGAGUCAGGCCACCGAGGAUCGACUCGACAGUGGCCUGGACUCCAUGAAAGAUGAGGAUUACCAGGCGGUGGCGGAGGAGAUCCAUCGGCUCCAGCUGGAAUGUGAGCAGCACCGAGCUUCAGCCCCCGGAGAACCGCUUCCAGAGUGGCGGACACAGAUCACAGAAGACGGAGAUACGCUGCUCCACCUGGCCAUCAUCCACGAGGCCAAGGACUACAUCAGACAAAUGAUCGACCUGUCCAAAAACACAAACUUCCUUAACAGACAGAAUGACCUGAGACAGACUCCUCUCCACCUAGCAGUAAUAACAAAUCAGCCAGAUGUGUGUCACAGUCUCUUGCUGUCUGGCUGUGACCCCACACUGGUGGACCGCAGUGGUGACACGGCUCUUCACAUCUCCUGUCGCCACGGUAACCUGCAUUGCUUCAGCGUGAUCACACAGAACUGCAGGCCGGAGCACCUACACACAGCGAUGGCCGCCUGCAACUAUAAUGGUCAGAACUGUCUCCACUUGGCUUCAGUCAACGGUUUCCUCUCACUGGUGGAGAGAAUGGUGGAUCUUGGAGCUGACAUCAAUGCAACAGAGCAGCACAACGGUCGCAGUGCGCUGCAUUUGGCCGUGGACCAACAGAACCACUCCCUGGUCAAACUCCUGCUGACGAAAGGUGCAGACCCCAACCUCCUGACCUCUGGAGGCCACACCCCCUUCCAUCUCACCUACGGUCUGGAAAACUGGGACAUCAGGAAAGAACUGUACCCAGUGACCCACCCAGACCUGAGGGAGCUUCCCGACAGCGAAUCGGACCUCAGUGAGGAAGAGGAGGAUGAGUUUGAUAUGGUGCCUUACGAUGACAUUCAGUGGAAUGGACAUUAGCAGGAGCAGAGGAUGAGGAGAAGAAGCCAAGAUGAUGGUGGAGACGUUGCUCAGCACGUGUAUGAUUUCUGUGCCGUCGCGUCGGGGGGAAAUGACGCGGCGGCUCGAGCGUUACCGAAACAGAGCGAGCGGGCAGUUGUGAGACAAACGGAAGACCGCAGCAGAGCGACGGCACUCAUCCUAAUGGGAUUUCGGCGUAAACGGAUGGCUUUUAUCCCCUUGGACACUGAAAGUCAUCAUACAGAGGGACGAGCUCCAUCUGAACGGACGAACGCGUCGCGGCUCUGUAUGAUGCUGUAAAUGCUGUGUAUACAAAGAUGUAUUUUUUAAUGGAUGCUGUGAAUGUGUACAGUUUAGCGGGUUGUAUAUGUCAAGACAGCAAACAGUUCCAGUUCACUCCAGAUAAAUUAAAACACUCAUAUUUAACAGUUCAAA